CCGUGCCGUGUCUCCACUCUUUUUUUUCUCACUCUCUCUUUUUCUUUCUAUCCCUCUCUUCCUGGAUUUCAGCUACAGGCCACGAUCUAGAGAGACUCUUCGACCCCUUGGCGCCUCCAUCAUGUCCGACCCUGCCGCGGACCUCCCGUUCUUCUAUGGCAGCAUCAGUCGCUCGGAGGCUGAGGAUCACCUGAAGCUGGCCGGCAUGGGAGACGGCCUCUUCCUCCUGCGGCAGUGCCUCCGCAGCUUGGGCGGCUACGUUCUGUCUUUGGUUUGGAACCUGGAGUUCUUCCAUUACUCCGUUGAAAAACAGCUAAACGGCACAUUCUGCAUCGCAGGUGGGAAGCCUCACUGCGGACCUGCUGAGCUCUGUGAGUACUACAGCAAAGACCCCGACGGGCUCGUGUGCACCUUGAGAAAACCCUGUCUGCGAACGUCUGACACACCAAUCAAGGCGGGUGUCUUUGACAGCCUGAGGGACAAUAUGCUCAGGGAAUAUGUGCGUCAGACUUGGAACCUGGAGGGGGAGGCCAUGGAACAAGCCGUCAUUAGCCAGGCCCCACAGCUAGAAAAACUGAUUGCCACCACAGCGCAUGAGAAAAUGCCCUGGUUCCAUGGCAAGAUCCCUCGCCAGGAGGGUGAGAGACGACUGUAUUCAGGAUCUCAGCCCGAUGGAAAGUUCCUAGUCCGAGAGAGAGAAGAAUUUGGCACGUUUGCGCUGUCAUUGACAUACGGAAAAACAGUAUACCAUUAUCAGAUUUUACACGACAAAUCAGGGAAAUACGCAAUGCCAGAGGGAACUAAAUUUGACACUGUGUGGCAGCUGGUUGAGUAUUUAAAGAUGAAGCCUGAUGGUCUUGUGACUGUACUGAGAGAACAGUGUGUCAACCAAAGUAAUGCAGUUUCAGCUCUUAUGAAUGCUCCGAGGAGGCCGAGAGGUAAUGGAUACACACCGCCCCCUAUGAUACCCAGUACUUAAGGAUUUGGGCCUCCACGUCCAUCUUUGCCAAUGGACCAUGAUGCAUUCAUCAGUCCUUAUGAUGAUCCAAAUGAAUGCAAGAAGAAGACCCUGUUCAUCAAGAGAGACAAGCUCAUGAUCGAUGAGGUGGAGCUUGGUUCAGGCAACUUUGGCUGUGUCAAGAAAGGUGUAUUCAAAAUGGAAAGCAAACAGAUUGAUGUGGCGAUUAAAGUGUUGAAGAAUGAGAAUGAAAAAUCAGUAAAGGAUGAAAUGAUGCGAGAGGCCCAUAUUAUGCAUCAGCUGAGUGAUCCGUUCAUUGUGCGCAUGAUUGGACUCUGUGAGGCUGAAGCGCUCAUGUUGGUGAUGGAAAUGGCACCCGCUGGCCCACUCAACAAGUUUCUCUCUGGCAAGAAGGACCAGGUCACUAUGGACAACAUUGUGAUGUUAAUGCAUCAGGUCUCAAUGGGGAUGAAGUAUUUAGAAGGAAGGAACUUUGUGCACAGAGACCUGGCAGCCCGUAAUGUAUUAUUAGUCAACCAGCAAUAUGCCAAGAUCAGUGACUUCGGCCUCUCCAAGGCACUGGGUGCAGAUGACAACUAUUACAAGGCCCGUACAGGAGGUAGAUGGCCUCUGAAGUGGUACGCACCAGAGUGCAUUCAAUUUCAUAAGUUCUCCAGCAAAAGUGACGUUUGGAGCUUUGGCAUUACGAUGUGGGAGGCCUUCUCUUAUGGAGGAAAGCCUUAUAAGAAAAUGAAAGGCCCAGAGGUAAUGAGUUUUAUUGAUGGUGGUAGUCGUAUGGAUUGCCCUGCUGGUUGUCCUGAGACCAUGUAUGAACUGAUGAAGGAGUGCUGGACAUACAAGCAUGAAGAACGGCCAGGUUUUGUCAAAGUGGAGGAGAAGAUGAGAAGUUUCUAUUACUCCAUUUGCAAAAAGAUUCCGGACUACAUGAAAACAGAGAACGGAAAGCCCCCUAAGUGAUCCGAAGGGCAAAUCUAUUAUGUAUUUCGAAUUUUGCAUUGUAUUGUGUUGUGUUUUAGGGUUAAAGGAAAUGUCUGCAAACUUAAAGGUAUACUCCACCCCAAAAUGAAAAUUUUGUCAUUAAUCACUUACC